AUGGAGCGUGCGAAUAUACUUUAUUCGCAAAACCCAAAAAAUAAAAGUAAUAAAUCCUUCAAGUACGAGCAUGUGUGGAAUAUUAUGAAAGAUUUUACAUUGUUUGAGUGCACAUCAACCAGGCGUAACACUUUUUCAUCUCAACCGCAAUCAGAUACACAACCUGAGUCUCCCAUUUCACCUAAUCCAGAACUAUCUAAUUUUUCUAUUAAUUUAAGCGAUGAAAAUGCUAGUGGUGGUUCAUCAUCACAACGACCAUUAGGUACUAAAAAAUCAAAAUUCAAGAGAAAACAGGGAGAAGACGUAUCUGCAGUUAUAAAAACAAUGAAAGAGGAAAAUAAAAAAUUUAGAGAGAUGAUAAGAAGCUCAGUU